AUGUCCAAGAAGAUUUCGGUGUUUGUUUCGGGAGGAUUCGAGCCUCUGGCCAAAACAAUUGUCAAAGAACUAUACACUCGUCUCGACACCGACCUCAUCGAACAAGUGCGCAUUGGAAUAUUCGAAGGACAAAUGCCGCUAGAUAUCGUGCGUGGUGGCGCACAAAUUGCGCGAAUUAUCCCUUCGAAAAAAGAGACUAUCGAAUCAGCAUUGAAGGGAAUCGAUGCGGCUUUUAUUUGGCGUACAGAGAAUGAAGAUGAAAAUUUGAUCUUUCGAUAUAUUGACGCUAUUUUAGAACAAACUUAUAGUGAUAGUGAGCAUAAUGUGAAAAGAUUGGUCGUUCUUUCUUCAUACGACAGUUGUCCAAGUUUAGGAAAAGAGAUUGAAGAGUAUCUUGUCAAUAAAUCGUCAUCUCCGUCCAUUACUAUUCUAAACGUACCGAUUUUUGUUCGUCAUUUCGAGUUGUACAUCAAUUCGAUUGUCAAUGAAAAAGUUUUGCAGCUUCCAAUCGGAGUAGAAGGAAGAUUUGCGCCAUUGGAUGAUCGCGAUUUUGCUACAGUUGUAGCUAAUCUUUUACUGACAACUACGGCCACAAACCCGACGACGAAUGGUACACACAGUCAAGAAACCACCAAGACCAAUAUCAAAACAAUUACACUCACCGGCCCAAAGCUUUAUACUGGGCCUGAGCUAGCAGAAAAAUUAUCGACCAUACGAAAAGAAGAGAUCAGUUUCAGCGGAACAUCAUUGAAUGAAGCUGAAGUUUUUCUGUCAAAUGUGCUGCCAUCGAAUUCCGAAUCAUUGAUAAAGAGAUAUCAAGAAUUGUAUCGUGUUAUUCGUGACGACGACAUUGGCAACCAUUAUAAUGAUUACGAUUUGAAAAAGUUGUUGGGCGACCAGCAACCGAGAGAUGUAGAUGCUUACUUUUCAGAAGUUUUUCCAAAGGAAUCGGCACGAUCUGUUAUACAGCGUCGGGGAUUUUAA